AUGACUACAAUACGGCGACAUCACAGUACAUUUUCUCACACCAUGAAUAAAUUUAAGGCCAUGGACAAGGCGAAUAAUCCACAGGGUGCUAAACCAAGUUUUGCAGCCGGUGGUAAAAGUGGUCAACCGAAUGCUAAACAGAUUAUGCUGGAUUGGUGUAGAGCUGUCACCAAAGGAUAUCAGGGUGUGGAUAUACAAAACUUUGGAAGCAGUUGGGGUGAUGGCUUGGCAUUCUGUGCAUUAAUUCAUCAUUUCUAUCCGGAUUCAUUUGAUUUCUCCGCUUUGGAUUCAAAAAACAAACGCGCGAAUUUUGAAUUAGCGUUUGAAAAGGCCGAAAAACUUGGUAAUGUUGCUCCAUUACUUGAUAUUGAAGAUAUAAUGCGUAUGAAAGUACCUGAUUGGAAGUGUGUCUUCACUCAAAUUCAAUUGUACUAUAGACGAUUUCAUUUAGAAGAAGGUAAAAAUGCAACUGUCCCUCCAACUGGUAUCCUUCCCAAAGCGGCACCACCAUCAGCUAAAACACCAUCCGAAAAUACAGAAAAUGAAUAA